AUGGCAACGCAUACCGUGUUACGCAGCUGCCGACAGUAUCUGGAAUUACUCGGCAACCGCUGUCUUCGGAUUGAGAAGGACAAAGACUAUUCUUUGAAUUUACAGCCAAGUCCAUACCUCUACAUCAACAAGUCAUUCAAGCCUGUUUAUCGGUUGUGCGAUGACACACAUAGAACUUUUCUCACGGCUGUCAAGCCGAAGCUCAAUUCCGACCAUGCCCCAUUUACGGCAGAGGUAGUGCAGUUAUUGGUAAAGCAGGGAGCUGUCGUCGUGGGCCUAACAAAACUCAGCUCGAUGAUUGGCCGCGAGGAGCCCCUGGAGGCCGUUGACUUUCAAAUUUCAUUCAAUCCACGUGGAGACGGAUACCAGUCCCCAGCCGGCAACAGCAAUGGUAGUGUCGCAUGCGUUGCAGCAUAUGAUUGGAUUGAUUGCGCUAUCGGCACAGAUAGCAGUGGCAGUGGAAGACGUCCGGCGAUGGCAAAUGGAGUUUGGCAAUUCCGACCUUCUCAUAACUUGAUAUCUCUUAGCGGUAUGGUCCGGACCUGCUCCCGCUUUGAUAAACCCGUUGUAUUUGCCAGGAGCUUCUCUAUACUUAAAGCUACUGCUCAGGUUUGGAUCUCAAAAAGCAUCAAUCCGACGCCUUGUCCAAAGGAAUACAAUAUAAUCUAUCCCUUUGACUACCUACCUGUGGAAAACACUGAGCAGAUGCAACUCAUUGAUAGCUUUGUUGAGGACAUGAGAGCUGCACUACCAGCAAAGAUAACAAAGUUCUCUAUACGAGAAGCUUGGAAGCGAUCUCACCCCCCUGAAACCCCAGAAGAUUUCGAUGACUACCCGAUCAACACAGUGGAAAGAGUUUACUACUAUGUGUUCUAUCACUCGUUCACCGUGUUUCGCGAAAAGUACGCUGAGAAACAUGAUAGGAAGCCGCCAUAUGUACUUCCCUCCUUGCAAUACCGAUGGGAAAAGGGUGCCGCUGUAUCCGAAGAAGAGCACAAAGAUGCCGUACAGCGGAUGAACACCUACAAGGAAUGGUUGCUUAACGUAAUGUUAGCCGAAUCCACCAGUGAGGCUGAGAUCCUGGUUGUUCUUCCCAUCGCAAAUGCUGCUCCGAAUUAUAGGGACGAGCCGUCGCCAUCUCCCCUUUGGCAGUCCGCGCUAGAUCAGCUUUUUCUUCCACCCAUCUUAGGCGCCCCUGAUAUCGCCAUUCCGACUGGCGAGGUAUCAUAUGUGUCAAAAAUCACCAAGAGAACUGAAUAUUUACCAGUUGUAAUUGACAUCAUGGGCGCUCCAACAAAAAACCUGGAGCUCUUGCAGGCGAUCGAAAAGACCAUGGUCCUAUCAGGGCGGCCGGCUAGUGUUACGACAGGAUCGAGAGUCUUCCAGUCUUAA